ACAUCUUUCUCGCAACCAAAAACUACGCCUUCUACACUCGGGCAGGCAAAGAAUCAAUCCACCCAUUUUCCCUCCAUGUCUGUUGCCCUGAGCUUCGGGUCGGCGCAUAUCAUCAAUUCCCCAUGCGUUCAAUCCAUUCUUGCACUUACGGCUGUCUCGUACAGCUGGCGCGCGGACGGCACCCCCCCUUCGCGAACGAAAUGGUACCGACAAAGGAUGGCGGCUGUUGGUAAUACCUCCGUCUCCUGGACCUACGCAGCGUUGCUUGCUACUGCACUAGCCCUAGUGCGCGGGCUGCUACGCCAAUCCAGAUAGCGGCGCAUCUGAGACCGCUCGACUUGUUUCGUCCGAACUCGAUGAUCGACAACACGACGUUCCAUGUACACAGUAGACAACCA